GUUUGAUUAUCUUUUCUAAAACGUAGUCUAAUUAAUAAUUCUAAGAUCUUUGUUCCAUAGAAAAAGUCAGAUAAAAAAAUUAAAAAAAAAAAAAGUACUACGAAGGAGGUUAAGAGUAAUAAUAUAGAGAUGACCGUAUAAUUUAAGUCGAUAAAGAAUAAAAAUAAAAAAAUCUAGAUUUUAAUCUUUACGAGAGUCGCCAUUUUACCAGAAAUUACCACUCAAACGGCACCGUUCACACACUGCUCAGCUGCUAUUAUGGUUCAAAAUUGAGUUUCCAUGUUGCCAGACAGUGGAUGCGUGUAGGGUUUGUUGUUUUUCCCGCGCUUAAAGCAUCAGAGAGCUAGGGUUUUUGCUUGAUUUUGAAGACUAUACGACAAAAAGAAAAUGGAAGAUAUUGAAAUGGAGGCAUCUCCCCCAAGCUAUUUCGAUCCUGAAGAUCUCACUUCAAGAGAACAAUUUCGCCGUUACGGGAAAAGGCACUCAGUUUCAAGUGUAUCACCGCAUCAAGAUGCUUCGGUUUCCAAGUUCAAGGAUGGACGGCUUUUGUACGAGGGGCAUAGUAUACAUAGUCCGACGAAUGCUGCGCUUCUUCUCGAGAGCAUUAAACAAGAGGCUGAUAGUAUUGACACUGAUCAUUUUGAAAGUACACCACCUGCUGCGACAAAGUCUGCUUCUAAAAGAAGACCGUCCAUUGAUAUUCGCGGUAUCUCUGACGGUGAUUUCGGGAUUGAUUCAAUAGGACGACUUGGAAGUGAGUCGCUUAAAGCUUGUAAGAUCGAGGAUGAAUCGCUAACAGAUAGUGGAGAGACAGUUUUUGGUUUAUUUGCGUCACUUCUUGAUUCUGCUAUUCAAGGGUUGAUGCCUAUUCCUGAUUUGAUUUUGAGAUUUGAGAAAUCAUGCCGGAAUGUUGCAGAGUCUAUCAGGUAUGGGCCCAAUGUACGCCAUCGAGUUGUAGAAGACAAAUUGAUGAGGCAGAAAGCACAACUUCUUCUUGAUGAGGCUGCUACCUGGUCUCUUUUGUGGUACCUAUAUGGGAAAGUGACAGAGGAACCACCUGAAGAGCUUAUUUUGUCACCCUCAACAUCACAUUUAGAGGCUUGUCAGUUUGUCGUGAAUGAUCAUACAGCACAGUUAUGCCUCCGAAUUGUUCAAUGGCUGGAAGGAUUAGCCUCUAAAGCCCUCGAUUUGGAAAGCAAGGUUCGUGGAUCUCAUGUUGGUACGUAUCUUCCCAAUUCUGGAAUUUGGCACCAUACUCAACGCUUUUUGAGGAAAGGUGCUUCCAGCACAAAUAUUGUUCACCACUUGGAUUUUGAUGCUCCAACACGUGAACAUGCCCAUCAGCUACCAGAUGAUAAAAAACAAGACGAGUCUCUUCUGGAGGAUGUCUGGAUUCUUUUAAGGGCAGGAAGACUGGAUGAGGCAUGCGAUCUUUGCCGCUCUGCUGGACAGCCAUGGAGAGCUGCAACUUUGUGUCCUUUUGGAGGGUUGGACCUAACUCCUUCUGUUGAAGCCCUCGUGAAGAAUGGGAAGAAUAGAACCCUUCAAGCCAUUGAAUUAGAAAGUGUCAUUGGUCACCAAUGGCGUCUAUGGAAAUGGGCUUCAUACUGUGCAUCAGAGAAAAUUGCGGAGCAAAAUGGUGGAAAAUAUGAAGUAGCUGUAUAUGCAGCACAAUGCAGUGACUUGAAGCGCAUGCUUCAAAUCUGCACAGACUGGGAGUCAGCAUGCUGGGCAAUGGCAAAGUCUUGGCUUGAUGUUCAAGUGGAUUUAGAGCUAGCUCAUUCAGAACCUGGGCGAAUGGAUCAGCUUAAAAGCUAUGGAGAUGUUAGUGAAGGGAGUCCUGGACAAAUUGAUUAUGCCGCUAACAAUUCUCUUGGACCAGAAAAUUGGCCACUGCAAGUUCUGAACCAGCAACCAAGAAACCUUUCUGCUCUUCUUCAGAAACUUCACUCAGGUGAAAUGGUCAACGAAGCUGUCAGUCGUGGGUGCAAGGAGCAGCAACGGCAAAUUGAGAUGGAUCUUAUGUUGGGUAACAUCCCAGACCUACUGGAUCUGAUCUGGUCAUGGAUAUCACCUUCAGAUGAUGAUCAAAAUGUCUUCAGGCCUCAUGGUGAUCCUCAAAUGAUCCGCUUUGGUGCUCACUUAGUGCUUGUGCUUAGGUAUUUACUUGCAGAGGAAAUGAAGGAUUCUUUUAGAGAGAAGCUUAUGAAUGUUGGCGAUCUUAUUCUACACAUGUAUGUGAUGUUUCUUUUCUCAAAGCAACAUGAGGAGUUAGUUGGAAUUUAUGCAUCUCAGCUUGCACGUCAUCGUUGUGUGGACCUUUUUGUGCACAUGAUGGAGCUGAGGCUUAAUAGCAGUGUGCACGUUAAGUACAAAAUUUUCCUUUCUGUAAUGGAAUACUUGCCAUUUUCUUCUGAGGAUGAUUCAAAAGGUAGUUUUGAAGAAAUUAUUGAGAGGAUUCUUUCAAGAUCUCGGGAAAUCAGAGUAGGAAAAUAUGAUAAGUCAUCAGAGGUUGCAGAGCAGCACCGUUUGCAGAGUCUUCAAAAAGCAAUGGCGAUCCAAUGGCUCUGCUUUACACCACCUUCCACAAUUGAAAAUGUUAAAGAUGUUAGUUUCAAACUUCUUCUGCGAGCAUUGAUGCACAGCAACAUACUGUUCAGAGAAUUUGCUUUGAUCUCUAUGUGGAGAGUGCCAGCAAUGCCAAUUGGUGCACAUGCAUUGCUUACUUUACUUGCUGAACCGUUGAAGCAGCUUUCGGAGGUUCCUGAUACACUUGAGGAUUAUGUUUCUGAGAAUCUCAAAGAGUUUCAGGACUGGAGUGAGUACUACUCCUGUGAUGCAACAUACCGCAGCUGGCUCAAAAUUGAAUUAGAGAAUGCAGUUCCGCCCCCUGAGCUAUCGCUGGAGGAAAAACAAAGAUCCAUUACAGCAGCCCAGGAAACAUUGAAUUCAUCUUUAUUGUUGCUAUUAAGGAAAGAGAACCCUUGGUUGGCUUCGGUUGAAGAUCAUGCAUAUGAAUCGGCAGCACCUCUAUUUCUUGAGCUGCAUGCUACUGCUAUGCUCUGCCACCCUUCUGGUGAAUGUAUGUGUCCAGAUGCCACCAUUUGUACAGCAUUAAUGAGUGCCCUCUACUCUUCAGUGAGCGAGGAGACAGUCUUACACCGCCAAUUGAUGGUGAAUGUUGCCAUUUCAUCAAGGGACAAUUACUGCAUUGAGGUUGUUCUUCGCUGUUUGGCGGUAGAGGGUGAUGGACUCGGGUGCCACCAAGCUAAUGAUGGUGGUAUUCUUGCUACUGUCAUGGCGGCUGGAUUUAAGGGGGAGCUUGCUCGAUUUCAAGCAGGAGUUACUAUGGAAAUAUCCAGAUUAGAUGCUUGGUACUCUAGUGCAGAGGGAUCUUUAGAAGAGCCAGCAACAUUUGUUAUACAAGGUCUUUGUCGUAAAUGUUGUCUUCCUGAAGUUAUUCUUCGAUGUAUGCAGGUUUCUGUUUCACUUAUGGAGUCGGGCAAUCCACCAGAAAACCAUGAUGAUUUGAUUGAACUUGUUGCUUGCCCAGAAACUGGGUUCCUCCAUUUGUUUAGUCAGCAACAGUUGCAGGAAUUUCUAUUGUUUGAGAGAGAAUAUUCAGUAGUCAAGAUGGAGCUUGAAGAGGAACUCUCGUCUUAACCAAUUAUACUGUGAACUUGAAGAGUGAAUGGAGCAGUAUUUAUGUAGCACAAGAUUAUUUAAAUGGCAUGUUGCACAUCCCUGGUAUGGACUUUGAUUGAUCAUCUUGGAUGCUCAUGGCUUGUUAUUCAUAUGGGCUUGAGGAGUUGUUCGGUAUAAGAGUAAAAGUGAAAUCCCACAGACACAAAAGUUUAUAUGGCUUCUAAUCAAUUCCUGAAAUCCUCUUGUCGCCCCAAUGCGAAGCAAAGUUUUACCCAGUUGCAAGUUGCUCCAGCAGCUCAUUUCCUUGGGGCGGGAUGGCAAAUGAACAGAAGAUACAUGGUGGUUCUGUACAUGUUCUCAUGUCAUGAUGAUGCAUGAGAUGAAUUACUAUUGUUCUCCAUAUUUCACUAGCUACUAUGAUGUAAGCAAGGAAAGAAAAAGGAUAUAGCUAAUAUAAUUGACUAUUUACUAUUGCAUGAAAUCUUUAAGUUGUCUAUUUACUUAAUGUAGAUGGAUAGGUGAUUAUUAUUCUACUUCUGAAAUUAAUGUUGGAGCUCUGACCAAGUGAA